UAUGUUAGGCCUAACUGAACUUUUACUGAUUGGAGAAAGAGCUUUGUUUGGACGACCCUCAUCUUCCUGUCGCAAUUUCACUUUCAUCGUCCUAUUUUAGUCAAUGAUAUCGCUGUCAUUGUGCUCAAAUUGGUCAUGUUCGAUAGAUAAAGUAGAAACCUUUUGCCUUAGCCUUGCUAGCGACGAAGUGAAGCCAGCCUCUUAGCAGUAACCAACCAACAUGGCAGUUUGACAGCCUGGUUAUUUGCUCGUUUUUCUAGUUCAAGGAACAUUUUUGAAACAAUCUAGUUCAGUGGCCUUUUCUAAGGUGAAUCCAUAAUUAACCCCGGUGCCCAAGGGUUCCCUCAUUCCGUUAUUUGAGAUACCAAGGUAAUCAUGUCCGUGCUAAAUCAGUGUGGUGAGGAACAGGUUGAGUGCCCGCUAUGCAUGGAACCACUGGAGGUAGAUGAUCUCAAUUUCUUUCCUUGCACUUGUGGGUACCAGAUUUGUAGGUUUUGUUGGCAUAGAAUUCGCACUGAUGAGAAUGGGUUGUGCCCUGCAUGUCGCAAGGCUUACCCAGAAAAUCCUGCGGAUUUUAAGCCUCUUAGCCAAGAAGAGGUAUCACGACUCAAGCAGGAGAAACGUAAUAAAGAUCAUCAACGAAAGCAAAAAGUUACAGAAAAUCGAAAACACUUAGCAAAUGUCAGAGUGGUUCAAAGGAAUUUGGUUUUUGUUGUGGGCUUGCCAACAAGACUAGCAGAUCCAGAGGUUCUCAAAAAGCAUGAGUAUUUUGGGAAGUUUGGGAAGAUACAUAAAGUUGUUAUCAACCAGAGCACAACAUAUGCAGGUUCACAGGGUCCCAGUGCUAGUGCUUAUGUAACAUAUUUCAAACCGGAUGAUGCAUUGCGUGCUAUUCAAGCUGUCCAGAAUGUUCCUGUGGAUGGUCGUACUAUAAAGACAUCCUUAGGUACAACAAAAUACUGUUCUCAUUUCAUGAAGAAUCAAGUAUGUCCAAAGCCAGACUGCAUGUAUCUCCAUGAUCAUGGUGACCCUGAUGCUAGUUUUACCAAGGAAGAAAUGCAGCAAGGAAAGCACCAGGAAUUCGAAAAGAGAUUACAUGAUCAGCUUUUGAACUCAUAUAACAAAGAUAGAAAACCUACACCAUCCCCUCCUUCAGCAGUAGGAUCCACAGGACAGCCUAGUAUACAACAAAGCAAAGAAGCAUGGCCAUCAUUACAACCAGGCACAAUUAAUUCUGUCGGCUCUGGCAUUCUCUCUACAUCAAAUGGAACCAACAGCAGCAGUAGUAGCAUUAAUAGUAGUACGAGCAGUAAUAGUAACGGCAAUACCAAUAAUAACAAGGGGGAAAGUAGCAAUCAAAAGAAACAGCAACAGAAUAGCUCGAAAAACAAAAAGAAAAAUAACAUCAACUCAGGGUUAGAAGAUGGAAAAGGAAAAUCAAAAGACAGGAAUUCAACACAGACUUCUGAAAGAGAAGAUGCACAUCGAAAAUCAAAUUCUCAUCAAAAUCAGUCUAACAGUACCAAAUCCUCUCGUUCAGAUAGAGCAAAUAAAAGUGAUAAAAACAGAAUUAUGGACCCAGAACAGGAUCAAGGAAAUGACAAACCAGGUAUCACAGAUAAAAUAGAUAGACGAGAUAGAGUGGAUAAAAACACAUCAGAUUUACAACACCAUGUAGAUAUUGAUCAUUAUGUGGAUUAUGAUGAUGAUGAUGAUGAUGACGACGAUGACGAUGACUUGGAAGGGAGAAUAGAAACAAUAGAUGUGACAGUAAAGUCUGACAGAGUAGAAAAGACUGAAAGACUAAGCCAAAGUCGGAGAAAUGAUCUGACGGAAAAUAACUUCGGUGAACUGGAAAACACCCUGUAUUCAUCUUCAACUCCAGUUUCCACCUCUUCAGAGGAGUCUUCUCCAGCUGGUCGUAGCUCUCCAGCUCACCUUUCUGCUUCCCACAGAGCAGCAUCCCUUCUGGAGCCAGAUAACAACUCUUUCUUUUCUGCAGGCUUUACAAAAGUCAACCCACCACCUAACACUGUUUCUAAUAGCGAUUGGGCUCCUCCUAAUGGAGUGUCACUCCCCCAUAUGCCUGACGUUUUGCCAUCGGUUCAUUCAUCUGAAGACUGGCAAGCUGCCUUCGGUUUUGGCUCAAACAACAUGGUCCCUGAAAAUAAACAGACUUCUGCUGCCGCCAUGCUGGCUAAAUAUCAUGCCUGGCUUGGACUUGCAGGUCAACAGAAACUUGAAAAUUCCGGUGUUAGUUUAGUUAAUUCAAAUUCAGUGCCUGGCGUAACCGAGCAACAAUACGCCCAUCAAUCCAACACAUUUGGCCCUGCACGCAUGCCUGAAAAUCCCAGUAUGUUGAUGCAUAAUGCUUUCCAACAUCAGCAACAUCAUCAACACCAUCAACACCAACAGCAGCAACAGCAACAGCAGCAACAGCAGCAAUCAUUUUUGCUUCACCUGCAGCAUCAGCAAGCGCUUCGCCUGCAACAUGGUAGCCUUACCUCUGCAGGUCCGGAGGUGGGCUUCCCCGCUAGUGAUGUGAGCCGCGAGAACAUAAUUAAUAACGGUCCAACAGAAAGAGCAGACGCCUUCCUUCACUUCGACCAGCGUAGUGCCAACUCAAUCAUUAAUAACAGUCAAGAGGAUUACUUUAACAGUGAUAAUAGUGAAAGAAGACAUACAGACGAUGAUCUUGGCUUUGACCCAUUCCAUGAAACACAAAAAGGUCUGGCUGAGAUGAUGGAAAAAGAACAGUUACUUAAACAGCAGCAGCAGCAGCAACAGAAUCAUCUUCACCUUCAACAGCAGCAACAUCAACAUCAGCAGCAACUUAUCCAGCAGGCCCAACUAGCUGCUCUAAAUCAGCAACAUAGCUUCCAACAGCACAAUCCUCUUUAUCAUAGGUUGACACCACAGCCUCAAGUAUCCAAUUGCACAAAAUUAUUGGAAGGGCUUGGUAUUGGUUUGAAUAGUUCUAUGGCAGCUCGCAGCCGUCCUCCCCCUCCUGGGUUCGCACCUACGCCCAAUCACAUGAAUGCGUUUGGUCUGGGUAUCCCAAGAACUGCACCUACUAGCAGCAACACAAGCAGCAAUUUAGGAAGCAAGGUCUUACCUUUUAUGGGAUUAGGCAGUGUUGGUAACUCUGCUAACAACAGCAGUGCUAGUAGUAGCAGUGGUAGUCAAAGCUCUCAAGGACUGCCAGCAAAUCACAUGCCAUAUAUGUCAAAUGGUUCCAUACUCAAUCAAGGUAUGUCUAAAACCACAGUGGAUUCAAUGUUUGCCAGCGCAAAAGAGUGGCCUGAAAACUUCAGAUCUCUUUUACCAAAUCUUGGUGCUAAUGGGUCUCAAGCUCCCUCACAUAGUUAUGCUGCCCAGAAAAGUGCUGCUACUAGUUGGAACUGCCCAGACUGGACAGCGUUAGAUCCAGCUAUUGUUUCAUCAUCUAGACCACACUGGCCCGCUAGUUCACCAAUGAAUACACCUACCCCUCCUCCAGGGUUUGGCUUUGGACAACAGCAUCCCCACACAAUAAACACAACGAACAUGGACAAUGCAUAGCAUUCUAAUAAAUAUUUUUGCCGCAGAGGAUGGUUAUUGCAGAACACUAGAUGUAAACCAGUGUUCUUAAUAUAUAUUUGUUUUUUUUUCUGUAGCCUUUGUUGUAGGGCUACUUUAAAUAGUCCCAUAUAAUGCAGCUUAGAUGUGUUCAUGGACUUUGAUAUUUCUGUUAUACUGUCAUUUUAAUUAAUCAAAAAAUUUAUUACGGCUUUGGAUUGUUUUAAUGGGUAGAGUAAACUGUACUCAACUCUUGUGACUGCAAUAUUUCAGAAAGAUUUCUAUGGAAACAUUCUUUUUAAAUUAAUCUUUUGGUUGACCUAGUGAUUCUUCGUUUCUCUAACAUGUCUCAAAGAUAAUGAAUGUUAUAUCUGACAAAGUUUAUUUGUUUCCCCCUCCCCCCUUUUUAUUUUUUCAUCACACUGAGGUUGUUUUCUGAUUUGUAGCUAUAGCUAAAAUUCCUUCUGUCUUAGUAAGAAAAUCCUUUUAUGUGUGAUGUUUUUUUUGACACUGUUAUUUAUGUUAUCCACCAUCCUUUGCAGCUGUCAUCCCUUUAAUUUCAAAUGGUGCUGGUUCUACUUAUUUGUUCUUGUCAUGUGUGGUCCAUGUACCAAUGAAAUUUGGAAUGUCAUAGAACUGUUAAUUAAUUGAAAAUGAACAGUAUUGGGUGUAUGUUCAAAGCUGAAGUCUUCUGACUGAAAAGAUAUAGCGGGCCACUUUGGGGAGCUGGCCAAGCACUGAGAUUACCAACAAGUCACAGAAUUCACAUAUGAAUUAUCAUGUCAAAUGAGUUGGAUUUUGUGCUUCAAAAAAAUGUGAUCCAGCUUCCUUCAUUAUUACUUGUAUAAUGGGAGCAAAGCAUACAACAUAUAUUAUUUUUUGCUCUUACAAAUUAUGUCAGAAUAAAGAGUGGAAAAUAUAAA